AUGCGGAACGUUGUAUUAGGAUUUAUUUUCGCCACGAUCACUGUGGUGAACGGAAUAAGUGAAAUAUGCAUAGGGGUUCCUGAUUUGAGCUACGUCCGGAGUCAGAACGCUUGCUAUCUGUACUACAGUUGCAUCGACGGAAUGGCUUACCCACAGAGUUGUUCCGAAGGGUUGUACUUCUCAAUGGAAUUGCAACACUGCGUGCCGCCUGCGGAGUCCGAUUGUGAUCUAGAAGAGGCUCCCGAGUUGCCGCAGCCACCGCUCCCGGAACAAUCACCUAUGUGUGACGGGGUCGAAAACUUCCGCUAUCUUGAUGCGCCCGAGAGAUGCGAUCGCUACUACCAGUGCAUCGAUGGAAUUGCAUAUCACCUGUCCUGUCCGCUUUAUUUUAUAUUUUCGGUCGAAAGUCAACGUUGCGGAAAUCAGUAUGAGUUUACUUGUGAGCAAACAUGA